AUGAUCUUCUUUAUACUUCUGUUUAUUACUGUCUCAUUAUCAAAACAAUGUACUGAAUACAAUCAAAGAUAUGAAAUAGAUACAGUUGAUGGUGCAUUUGAAUGUAUUGAAUCGUUGAUUACUCUACCUGACCAAAAUGAAGAAAUAAUAAAUGUAUUAAAAUAUUAUUUAGAAGCAUAUGUAUUUAAAGAUAUAUUAAAGAAUCCACCACAACCAUCAUUUUCAAAUAAUUAUUAUGAAAAAGUUGAUAUUGAUUCAGAAUUAAAUAAAAUAAAUACAGACACAAUAAAUUUCUAUGAUUUCUAUUCUCAAAUUAAAAAUCUUAUUAUUUCAACAAGAGAUUAUCAUUUAGGUUUUAGUGUUGAUGAAAGUUCUAACAAUGAUAACAAAGAUUUGCUAUAUUUCUAUUAUUUCCUUCCUUUUAAUAUUACUAUUGAUAGAAAUAAGAAGAUGUAUUUAAUUCCAAAAGAUGUUUUUAAGGGAGUUUCAGUUGAUGUUCCACAAAAAAUAAUAGAUAACAAAGAUGUAGCUAUUAAAACAAUAAAUGGAGAAGAUCCAUUUAAUAUUAUUCGUGAAUUUGGAAAAGAGUAUAUUCGAUUAAGGUGUCCACAUGCACAAUUCACAGAAGCAAAGUCAUCAGAAUCUGAUUACGCAUUAACACAAGGAAGAUUAUCUUUACAACCACUAUCAAAAAAUUAUUUAAAUAAACCAAUUUAUAUUACAUGGGAAAAUGGUCAAAGUGAUAAUGUUAAUUAUUCAAUCCUUAGAUAUGGUUCAAGAUAUAAAGUGAACAAAGAACAGAUAGAAAACAUUAAUAAGCAUCAUUUAAUGGAAGAAGAAUUUUUAAAAUCAAUUAAUAGAACCACAGAAUAUAUUGAAAAUGAAGAAUUAAAAAACGAAUAUGGGUCAUUAGUUGAACCCAUAUAUUUUUUUCAUACACUUAGUCCUUAUUAUAAAACAAUUUUAAAUUGUAUCGAAUUAUUUGACUCAAAUGAAUAUCCAAUUCAAGUGAUACUUCCAGAAAAUGAAGGAGGAGAUGAAGGGUCUGAACAAUGGAUAGAAAAGAUAUUUGCACCACAUAAUGAUGUAAGAACAAUAGUUUCAGCAAGGACUUCAACAUGUACACAAGAAAUGUUACAAAAAGGGAUCGAUGGAGAUUUAUUAAAUGACCCUAAAACAUGCAAUAAAAGGGGAAAAUUGAAUGAUCAAAAAGAAAUUCAAAAAUGUGCAGGAGUAAAUCCAGAAGGCUUUUUUAAUAAAAUUGUGUGGGUUGGUAAAAAGAUAUAUUGCAUGAUCAAAUUAAACAGAUGGUAUAUAAAACCAAAAACAAUAAAAUAUGGAAAUGUUAAACAUAAAAUUACACAACCAUCAAUUAUGAAAUGGGAAACAAAGAAAUUAAUGAGUAAACCAAGAAAACCAACAGAAAUAGUAGUUUAUACAGAUUCAUUUUGUUAUUCUGCUUGUUCAGUAUUUACAAAAGGAUUAAAAGAAUGGGGAAGUGCUAUUCUUGUAGGAUUCAAUGGUGAUCCUAAUGGUAAAGAUGAAGAAUUUGAAGUGGGAUUAUCACCAUCAGCAGUGAAAAGUGGUUAUGAUUUAUGUAGCUCUAAAUAUAAAAUCCCUGAUGGAUACUCACUUCGUUUAAGUUUCUUAGAAUCUUUUAGAUAUAAUUAUGCGUAUAAAGAAAAAAUACCAAGAGAAUUUUUAACAGAUAUGAUAGAUGAAAGAGUGAAUAUUUAUCAAUAUUCAAAUAAUAACUUGGAAGAAUUUGAAGAAGAAACAUUGAAAAUAGUUGAUAAGUAUAAAACAAAAUGUAAUCCAAAUAAUAAAAGAUUAGUUAAAAGAGAUGAAAAAUGUGAUAAAGAAAUUAAUAUAGAACAUGGACAUGGAGGAUAUGAAUGUGGAGAUAAAGGAGAAUGGAGUACAAAAUGUGUACUAUCAUAUUGUGAUUCAGGAUAUAAAUUUGAUUAUAAUAAUAAUAAAUGUAUUGAAGAUGUAUGUGUUAAUCCACCAACAGACAAUGGAACAAUAAACAUGACAAUAAACCUAUUUCUGAUACUAAUAGGAGUAAUAGUGUUACUUUAA